AUGGCGUCAAGACAGCAAACACAAUCCCAGCAAGGAAAGACAUAUCAGUUUAAAUUGGUGCUUUUAGGCGAGUCCGCUGUAGGCAAGUCGAGCUUGGUCAUGCGAUUUGUAAAGGACCACUUUGAUGAGUAUAGAGAGAGCACAAUUGGAGCUGCUUUCCUGGCGCAGACAGUGACAUUGGACGAUAACACAAUUGUUAAAUUUGAGAUUUGGGAUACAGCUGGACAAGAGAGAUACAAGAGUUUAGCUCCCAUGUACUAUCGCAAUGCCAAUUGUGCAAUAGUUGUUUAUGAUAUCACACAAGCCUCUUCCUUGGAAAAAGCAAAAGCCUGGGUGAAUGAAUUACAACGUCAAGCAGAUCCUAAUAUUGUCAUUGCAUUAGCAGGCAACAAAUUUGAUUUGGAAGCAAGACGAGCCAUCGAAACCAAGACUGCUCAAGAAUACGCGGAUGAAUGUGGACUACUAUUCUUUGAGACUUCGGCCAAAACUGCACACAAUGUCAAUGAACUCUUCCAUGCCAUUGCUCAACGUAUGCCCUUGGAUCAAUUGGCUGAUAGUUCUCGUAGACGAGGUGGACUAAACACGCAAGGCGUUGAUUUGGAUAGCAAUGGAACCAACAAUGGCUGUGCAUGCUAA